GUCACUUACCCUGGCUCUUUCUCACUUUGUACACACCCCCAGCAGGUGCUUUCACUACAAAGUUUAGUUUGCAGUUGUGCUUUAGGCUGUGACUUCCAGGUUAAUUGUAAUUCUACCAAAAAGCCUGGGAGGGUCCGAGGCCUCGGACUGGGGGCUCUGUGACAGUCAUCGGGGGGGGAAACAGAUUUAAAGGUGCCUUCUGUCUGCAGCACCUCUGUCCUCAAGUAGCACCCGGGCGUCCCGUCUGAGGCGAGGGUUGAUCAGAAACGGGACAAAAGGUCAUCUUUCGUCCUGAACAGAACCAGAGCUGUACUGCAUCUACCGUCAUCCAGUGAAGUCUCUACCUCUGGCCAUCAGAGCAUCUUUGUCUCGGUACCAGUUAUGUCAAACUCAGUGGGCAGUUUAUCGGAUGGCACAGUGUACGGGUCCCGGAUUGGGAUGACAGAGGACUCCCUCGCCAUUCUGGAGCGAAACAGGGGCUCUGGAGACCCUUGGGACAUGGGGGAGACCAAACCAAACAUGGAAGCUCUGGAGCGUGGCAUGCCAGGCCUCUACCUCUCCUGCUUCGACAUGCUUCUCACUGAAGAUGCAGCAUGGCUAGUGAAAGUUUCAGAGGCCUCCCCAACACUGGCUGUACCCAUGACUCACAUGGAGCCCCAGGAAGAGCCAGAGCAGUGCCCCGUCAUUGAUAGCCAGGAACAGGGACUCUCUCCGGGGCUGGAGGGCCAGGAGGAGGAGCGGUCUCUGGAGCAGGUGCAGAGCAUGGUGGUGGGAGAGGUUCUGAAGGACAUUGAAACAGCCUGCAAACUGCUCAAUAUCACCCCAGACCCCAUAGAGUGGAGCACAGGAAAUGUGCAGAAGUGGCUGCUGUGGACUGAACAUCUGUACAGGUUGCCCCACGCAGGAAAGUCCUUCCAGGAGCUGACAGGAAAGGACCUUUGUGCCAUGAGCGAGGAGGAGUUUCGCCAGCGUUCGCCGCAGUGUGGCGACACGCUGCACGCACACCUGGACAUAUGGAAGUCAGCUGCCUGGAUGAAAGAGAGGUGUUCAGCUGGAGAUACGAAAACUACAGGCAGUGAGGAGCUUUGGUCUGAAGCAGAUUCGUCCUGUUCGGGUCAGCCUAUUCAUCUGUGGCAGUUCCUCAGAGAGCUCCUGCUCAAACCUCACAGCUAUGGACGCUGCAUCCGCUGGCUCAAUAAAGAAAAAGGUAUUUUUAAAAUUGAAGACUCGGCCCACGUCGCGAGACUGUGGGGACUCAGAAAGAAUCGACCUGCGAUGAACUAUGACAAGCUGAGCCGCUCCAUACGUCAGUACUACAAGAAGGGCAUCAUCCGCAAGCCUGACGUGUCUCAGAGACUGGUGUACCAGUUUGUUCAUCCAGUAUGAGACUGCAGCAGACUGAGAGGAGGGGGAGGAGGAGGAGGAGAUGGAAACUUACAAAAUUAAAAGGACACGCUAUCUCACCAUGCACUUGAACACCUAAACCCAAGAUGAAAAGGUGACAGAGAACACGUGCACUGACCAACCCCAAUGGUACACACUUCCAAUGCCAAGACCAAAGUAACAGCUGGCAGCUGCUGCGCGAAGGCUUAUCUGUGCAUGGGCCGAGAGGAAGAGGCAAAACAAUGUGGCUGCUGAGGCUUUUUCCUGCUGCACAAUCACACGGCCAGAAAAAAAUUAAAUGAACUGCCUUUUCAUUUGCAUGAUCUGCCUGUUUAUUUUUCCACAAUGUGAUUCCCAAUUAUCCUACGCUCACUUCAGCAAACAGAUAGAACUGAUAACUCUUACAUAUAAGCUUCAUGAAAACGCCCAUCGCCCACAGCUACAUUUGUUUUGUCUUUUCGUUUCGCUCAUCUUGACCAUGGUCUCUGUUUGAAUUAGAGCCAGUUUUUCUGCCACAGUUGAACGUGUGGUCACGAUUGAUUUGCUUCUUUUUUGGGUUUGGCCCUGGUUGUUAUGCACACAGUCAGUGAGUCAGCUCCCAUAACCCAUCGACCACAGGACAGGCACUCUUUUUUUUUUCUUAUCUGAUUCAAGGGUGAAAACCUAUAAGAGGACCCUUAAGACUCUGCUGUGACUGUGUUUAUAAUGCCACUUUUUAUCUAUUUUUAUUCAUGGUGUAACUUGGUUUCACUGCUAAAGAGCCCUGCUUUAUAUUUUAUUUUUUCAACUCUGGUAUAUACUGCUGUAUAUUGCAUUUUAUGUUGUGGAUGUUUUAUUGUGGAGACCCAAAGUGUUCAAAAUAAAAUAAAUAGAGAGUGGAAUAUAUAAUCACACAUGCAUACAGAACAUAUCAUAUAACCAUGAAAUUAUAUAAUAAUCUAAUACAGUUUUUGCCAUCCUAGCAUCUCCAUAACACUUUGUUUUGAUAUUUCAGUGCAACCCAAUUAUUUGAUUGCCCUGACAUUCAUAUCCCUCCCAGGAUGAACUGUAAUAACUUUGGUGAUCUCCUUAUUUUCAUGUAGUGCCAUCAGUUCAAUGUUUAAGUUUGUCAGAUUCUUUGGUUUAUAACCAGAUCCCUGCAAAUCUAAAGGCAUUCCCAUCAGCCUCAGCUGCACUUUGUGUGCUAAUUGGCAAAUGUUCAUACAUGCUAACCUCUAACACACAUGUUAAUACUGCUUAACAUGAACAUGCUAGUAUUAUCAUUGGGAUCAUGCUGAUGUUAACACUUAGAUUACAACACGCCUGUGUUCAAGUACAUUCUCACAGCGUUGCUGGCAUGUCUGUGGACUCUCAGUCCUGUUAUUUAGUUUUAACAGCUUUUUAAAUAUCACAGUCUGUUUUUAUUUACCAUUCUUAAUAGAUAUUGUCAAAGAGUCUCGACAUAAAAAAUUAACACAAAAAACAAUAAUAAAAAUUACAUGGAAUAAACUUUUAUUUUGAAAGAAAAUAGGAUGACAUAACAUUUCAUUUCCAGACUAACUGGAUUAUUUUACAAUCACAUAGUUUUUGUAUUUGAUCUUUCUUUAAGUAUUUAUUUCAUUCUUUUUUUGUAUGUAUUUACCGGUAAUUCAUUUUGAAUGCUUUGGUUGUCCACAUUUUACACCCAUAGUGCUUCCUAUUUUCUCCUGGAGAUAUUGCCUAAAUGUCUGCCUGAGCAAGGAUACGGUAUCCGAGCUUCAAACAGGGCUCAAUAAACUUUAUUUUUUAAUGGA